GCCGGGCAUAUUUGCAGAUGCACACGACGGAGGUAAGUGGAAGGGAGGGGGGGCAGUCAGCUUGAAAACGCUUCCAACAAUGACGAAGACGUAAAGGUGUGAGGACUGAAACAAUAGUCAGAAAUGAGAAAGAGAGUGAACGGGAGAGUGCGCUUGAAUUCGUGGGAACCAUGUUGGACCUGCGGCAAAUGCAAAGCCAAGACCACCCACUGACCUUGACUCACUUCCAGUACUUUCACCGCCCCUUAUUGCAAGGGGCAAGCAAAAGAGAGAAAGAGGAAGCAGCCUUUGCAGUUAUAGCAUGUAGUUCUAUAUAAUGAUGCACUUGGAGGAGCUUAUUUGGAAGCUGACAGCAGGCCUCGACAGAGUUCCCAGCAUGAGGCCUCACCCCUGGUGCACCGUCCUGCAUGUGUCCCUCUGGGCAGCGCUGGUUCUCACCUUAACCACUGACAGUGAAGACUCAGAGUGUAGCCCUUAUAUCAAAGUACGCCGCCACACAACCUACAAGACCUCACCUGGACGAGAACUUGUCAUUAACUGCCCAGUAGAGUUCUGCAAUAAAUCCGUACUAACAGUGACCUGGUUCAAGCUGCUGAAUGACACCUCUAAACGUCACAGUGUUAGCAGCAGCAGUCACAUUAGAACAGAGUGGAAAGAGGUGAACCAUGAGUGGAUAUCGUUUUUGAUUUUCUCCAAAAUACUCAGCAACGACUCAGGUCUGUAUUGGUGUGAAAUAACAAACGUUAUGGGUCACUUCAUCAACGUCUCUGUCCACGGUGGUGAUCAACAUACAACGAAGAAUAACACAAUUCCCAAAACUUCUGACCCAGAGGCCUUAAAGCCUUUGUGGAUGUACGUGUCCUCUGCUGCUAGGACUUUGGGAUUCGUCACCGUAUCGAUAGUUAUAACUGUCGUAUCAAUCCGAUGGUGCAAAGGGAAAUCCAAGAAAGUGACACAAGGUGAAUGUCAGGAUGCGACAAUCGAAAUGGUCGAGGGACCCUUCACACAUUGCGUCCCCCCGUCCCGGGUCGAAAGCGACCCCCUCUGCCCCCCCAUCGCGUUUAAAUGCGCCUAAAGACCUGCGACCCGACGAGUUGACGUCACCAAAGUGGAGCAAUAGAAAGAGGAACGCGGCGGAGGAGGGGAGCGGCGUUGUGUACGCGGCACUGAACCAUCACACCUGAUAACAGUUAUGCUUCCAUGAGUUUUCCUCCUCUGUCAAGUCGACUGUAUGAAUGUAAACGUGAGCUUUUGUAAUCCUUCAGGAAAAACUAAUUUGUCUGUAACUUCAAAAUAAGAGAAUGUAAUAAUAAUGUGAUGUUUUUGUGCAAUCAUAUAACAUAAUGAGUGUCCACCACUAUUUUUAUGUGAAGUUUUCUUUGAAACUGUUCAAAGGAAGCAGAACUCAAAAUUCACCGGAAAGUUUCACAUCUAUCAAGGUUGAAAAAGGUGUGAGUGAGUGUGUCUGUGCAUAAACAGUAAAACAGCUUUUUCUUCCUCCUAACAGUUUGAUGACCACAGUGGUUUCUGUGAACUUGGCAGAUGCAACCUCAGAGUACAUUUCCUGUCUGCCUUCUGUCUUCUUUCCUGUUCAUCACAUUGUAUUAAAACCCUUCCUUUAUAACUACUCGUGGUUGCACUCUGAGCCAUGUUGCUGGCUGUGUAAUCCUCUGCAGAGCUAAUAAUUAAAAUGCAAAGAAAA